CGUGCUCCCCAUUGCAGGCUUGUAGAAGAAGCAGAUUACAGGUCCACAACCGAACUGUUUGCUAGGAAAGAUGACCACAAGACGCUUGAUAAUUUCAUUCCCAAAUCUGAAGGUGACUUUGCAGAAUAUGCAGAGCUAGUUUGUCAUAAGCUUCGGCCAUAUGAGAAAAGUUACCACUACAUUGGUUUACUUAAGGCAGUCAUGAGGCUGUCAAUGACUUCCUUGAAAGCAGCAGAUGCGAAAGAGGUUGCUUCUUCAAUUACAGCAAUAGCUAAUGAAAAACUAAAAGCAGAGAAAGAAGCAAAUGCUGGCAAAAGGAAGACGGGUGGGAAGAAAAAACAGCUUCAUGUUGAUAAACCUGAUGAUGAUUUGGUUGUCGAUACAUACGAUGCACUUGAUGAUUAUGAUUUCAUGUAAAUUUUCAAGGGAUAUCAGUGGCAGAAAUACAAAGGGAUCCAUUUAUUCUACUCUUAAAAGAGAAGGAUCCUACGGCUCUUUUUUUACUCUUUCUUUUACGUGGAGAAUUAAUUGUUUGUGGAGUGAUAUCAAUUGCACUCGUUGAAGCAAAGAAAGUUGAGGAGUCGGUUUUUUUUAGUGAGCGUUUGAUUUGGAAUUGGAUGUUAAGAAAGCGAUUUUUCUUCCAUUGUAGAGAACAUAAAUGUUUGUAGAAUUGUGUGUGCGAUACAGAGCGUAUUAAUACUGUUUGAAAUUCUAAAUAAAGUAGCUGUUAGUAUAAAGGAUGAUUUACUCGAA